GGGCCGGUUGGCGUUGCCUGUAUCGUGUGCUGGUUGCUUUGUCUUUCCUGCGCCGGGCUUCCCUUUCCUGUCAUGGAACGGGAGGGAACCUGGUAAUUUCUGAACAGUACAGUACUCUGCGGCCUGUUUAGGAUGGCAUCGUCUGCGCCCAAAAAAAUAAUGCUUCAGAGUCUAGCACAGUUGCUGCAGGAUUCUGGGGAUUUGGUUCUGGAUGGUACUAGCACCUUGACCUUGUUCACUUCCACACUUCAAAUUCUCAAUCAGAUCUUUGAGCAGUACCUACUGCCACGAAAUCAGAAUCAUGGCUUCAUUGCACUCUCAUCACACCCUGCUGAAACAUCUGCUAUUCUCCAAGCCCAGUUUCUCUUUGAUGUCUUGCAAAAAACUCUCUCACUGAAGCUCAUAUUUGUUCCUGAAUGUUCUCUACCAGCUCCUGUGAAGAUUUCUCCCUUUAAAUCAUUGCGGCGUUUAGAGUUGAGAUGUGUUCCUCUGCACUAUCUUCAGGGUCUGAGGUUUGUUUAUUCCCAAUUAGAGGCUUUGACCUGUUCCAGAUGUGUGAAUUCUCUGGAAGAGAUCCUUUCUGCAUGUGGUGGAGAUCUUAGUUCUGCACUUCCUUGGCUGGAAUUACAUACAGCCAACUUCAGCUACAAUUCUAUUGCAACCUUGGAUGAUUCACUGCAAUUAUUAAAUGUCCUGAAGGCUUUGGAUCUUAGUCAUAAUCUCAUCCAGGACUGCCAGCACUACCUGACUGUGCUGAUGGAGCUGGAAUAUUUAAAUGUGGCAUAUAAUUUCCUGCCUAAAAUGCCUGAACUUGGGCUACAUAGUAGGGCUAAACUGAUGAGUCUAAUUCUACGAUACAACCACCUAGCCAACAUUAGUGGUGUGGAACAACUGUCAAAUCUUCAACACCUAGAUAUUGCCUACAACUUGUUGCUGGAGCACUCUGCCUUAGCACCAUUGGCUUGGUUGCAUAACUUGAGAAGGUUGCAUCUGGAAGGAAAUCCUUUAUGGUUUCAUCCAAAUCACCGGCUUGCUACUCUAGUGCAUUUGUCUCCUAGAGCUAUUUCUUGUAAUUUCCUCCUUGAUGAAGAACCCUUGUCUGUCUCCAGUUUACAGCACCACUCAAACCUGAAUCGUGCCAUUGCUCAACCACUCUGCCCUUCAGGCUCAGAGAGAAUUAUGAUAAACCAGAAUCCUCUGGAAAGUUCCUAUGCUGCAGACCAAAGUGAUAGCCAGUCACCUAAAGAAAGCACAUCUGCCAUUCCAUCAUCUCGGAAGAGAACGAAGGGAAGAAUUAAAGUUCGCAGGGCCAGUAUUUCUGAGCCCAGUGACACGGAACAUGAGUACAGAACUCAACCUCUCUCGGAAGAUAUAUUUCAGCAACAUCAGGCAGAGAUGGAACGCAUGGACAAUGUUCGGGAUCGUUUUGGGGCAAAUUGGCUACAAUAUAGGCGACACCUAGAAGCAGAUGGACCUACAAAGUCUACUGUCCACUCUAGCAGCCCCACAGGAGACUCUCUAGACAGCUCAGGUGGGACAUCUGAGCAGAAGAAGAGCACCAUGCAGGAGCAGAAACUUCCUGAUGCUGCAGAAGGAAAAGACCCGGAACUGCCUGAUUCUGAAAUUGCAGUGGAAAAUCCCAAAGCAACAGCAGAAAAGGAUAGAUCAAUAGCUAAAGAAGAUAAAGAUCAGGAAGAAAUACUGGAAGUGGAUCUUUGCCAGCCUGUGCUAGUAAGCCAGAUAGAAGGUGAUGGCGACCCAGAGCCAGACUGGAUCUUCCUGCGAGUCACUGCCCAACAUGUUAUGGAAGUGGAGCUGAAAGCAGCCAAGGUUUUACACAGCCUGGAACUACAAAGUCUUCAGAAAGCAGAGACAUCGGAAAUGCACUGGAGAAGAAAGGACCUGGAACGUGAGUUUCCUGUUCUUACCCUUUAUUUCGACUAUAUCAGCAAGGAGCGUCAGAAACGUUGCUAUGUAGUAUUGGAUGAUGAUCCUGAAUUACGUAUGCAGGAUCUACUCAGCGUGCUGGCACCAACUCUGGAGAAAAAUAGGAAGAACAGAAGAUUGGCAGAAGGUCCAAAGCUCCAAUGUCUAAAAUGCAAACAAGAAUUCCUUGGGUUCCAGAUACUUCAGCUACAAAAACAGGUCUCUACAAAAGAGGGUACAGCUUUGUCUGAACAAGAUAUUGCUGCUUCCAGUGAGACCAUUAUCUGCCCUGGUUGCUCUAGUGAUCAUGUGGUAAUCAUACCAUGUGAGAGGCCUUCGAAUGCUCUAGUGUUUUCUCAGGAUUGCUUCAAUGAAAGCCAGCAAGAGGCGGAGUCCGGAAAAUUUUACAUUGGCGAUGACAAUCAUUCUGAAACAGGAACCAGUUCCAGCACCCAGAUUCAAGAACUUAGCAAUGAUCAUGGCAGUGCAGCCCAUUCCAGUUCUCGCAGUUCUGAAGGAGUGGAACCUUCCAGGAGGGAUUUGAGCUCCAAGGGUCGAUAUUCCUCCCUCAGCCACACAGAUACCAAUGGAGGAAGCUUGAUGGGAAGCUACCAUUAUGGUCCUUCCUGUGGUCACACCCCUUCCCAGCUGUCCCUGAGCUCAGAGCAUGAAGAGCAGUGGAACCUUAGUCCCCCUACCAACAGUAUGCUAGGCAUGCGAGACUUAUUCUCUGUGGACCAUAGGCUAAAACUUUAUUUAGACAUGGAAGUCUUUGAGAAGGCAGAAGAGUUCAAAUGUUUUCUCAAGGUAGCGGUCGUGAAAAAUGGACAGCCUGGGGAGUUCCUGGCCCUCUUGGUGGCUUCAGAUGUUCGACUUCAUGUGUUGGAGAUAACUGGAGAGAUAAGGGGACAACCAUCAGAUUGGCUGAAGAAGGGAGACUGUCACUUCCUGUCUGACAUCUCUUGCUUAGAGGUGGGGUUAUGUCAUCAAAGCUUGCAUGUGGAGUUUGGGAAUCCCUCUGUCUCCUAUACACUGCUGCUUCGCAACCAGAGCCACUGCAGAAGAUUUCUCCAAUGUUUGACAUACCUCAUAGAAGAACUGCCAACAAAAAGCAAGAGUAAAAUCCCAGACGUCACUAUGGUAGAAAUGAACUCACAGCAUUCAUUAUGGCCAUUGAUUGAUAAAGAUCUUGCAAGAGAAGCUGUGAGUGGUUCAACCAGACCAUUCUUCUACUUACUGACAUACCUCAUCCAAGGAUCUUCUGCAUUUCCUGUGACUUUGCUGAGUACUCGUAGUAAUAUGUUCCUGGUGGAAGAAGAUCAUCAGUGGCAACAGGUCCAGCCUUCCUCUGGCUCAGGCAGUUAUGUUGAGAAACAGCCCAAGGACUGCAUCCUGCUGAAAGCAAGUGAGCCAAUCAGCAGCAUCAGUGGUGUAGUACUUUACCGUUUCUCUCCUUGUGAUGUAAAGCUGCAACUUUAUGAUGAGGUCUUAAAGGUGGAAAGCACUUGGCAUUUGCGCACAGAAUGUCCUGACUUGCUGGCUGAAUUGGUAGAAUGGCUUCGUGUGCCCUGGGAAGAGAUGUUCUCAAUUGCUCUCCGUAAGACGAUACUAGAAGUGCUGGAGUGAAUUGAAGGACUCUCAACUACAACUUUACUGUUCCUCUAGGAUUAGAUGGGUGGUUCUUGGAUCACCUUCCAGUCUUCGUGGCUCAUAACAAUUUUAAAUUUUACUGCCAUUGGAAGUUUUAACAUUUGGAAACUGCAACUGGGUAAUAGGCAUCCAUCCUCUUUCUUCAUAUCAAAGAUCCUUGGAUGUAUAAAAAUGUCUUCAGUUGACUGUGCAUAGGUCUUAUCCUGUGCACUAGGAGUCAGGCCAGUCUGGCAGAAUAUUUUCUAUUGUACUGAAAGAGAUUCCAGAGUUACUUCAAGACUAUUCCUGCACUUGUCACUUUUGGUUGGAUAGCAGCUGCUGGAGAUUAUGGUGGAAGUUACACAAAGGAAUUGGAUUGUUCGGGAUUGUGCAUAGAACUGGAUUGUGAUGGAUCAGAAACAUGAGCCUGGGAACCCUCACUGCAAAUCUGUAAAAAUUUCUGACUAUUUUGGCUUCAUUUUGCAGAACUCAUUAUCCAGACUGGUCUAGAAUUUAGACUGCAAUCCAUGCCCCUGUGCUGGAAGAAUUGUUUUCUGGGUUGUCUUGGUUAUUGGAAUGGGGAUUCUGAUAAUUUUUGCAUAUUUUUGUCUCUGGGCAUGCAGAGAUAUUUGUGUACUCAGGGGAAAAGUCACUGGAAGCCAUUGCCUUCCCUGGACAGAACAGAGAUAAAUUUUAAGUGUAAACUUUUAUAUGUGGUGUUAAAUAAAAGUGCUUUUUAUGAA